AUGACUAUCCACCAGGAUCCCGUCCUUCCCAAAAUGCGCGACAUGACAUUAUCGGAAUCUACAGAGCCUACCCAAAAUGGCAUCACCAACCCUGAUGAAAAGAGUGCCCCAUCCAAGUCAGGUCUUCUCUCAGAAAGUGAGAGCGAGGCAUGGCAAAGAGCUAUAGAGAAAGUUGUCAGAUGCGUCGUAUCGGUCAAGUUUUCACAUCCGUAUGCAUUCGACACAGAAAUCUCCAAGACAAGUGAAGCGACUGGCUUUAUCGUUGACGCUGAGCGAGGUCUUAUCCUGACCAAUCGCCAUGUCGUUGGUCCUGGACCGUUCUCGGGAUAUAUCGUCUUCAACAACCAGGAAGAAGUAGAGGUUCAUCCAAUCUACCGCGAUCCCAUCCAUGACUUUGGCUUUCUCAAAUUUGAUCCAAACGCGGUCAAAUACAUGGAACUCACCGCCAUGCAACUUCGACCAGAUCUUGCAAAAGUUGGGACUGAGAUCAAGGUUAUUGGUAAUGACAGCGGCGAAAAGCUGGGUAUCCUGUCAGGCUUCAUUAGCCGUCUGGAUCGAAAUGCCCCCAUCUAUGAUGGCUACAUGGACUUCAACACCUGCUACUACCAAGCCAAUGCUUCCGCAUCCGGCGGCUCUUCAGGAUCCCCUGUCGUCAAUGUAGACGGUCAUGGCAUUGCUCUCCAGGCUGGUGGCCGUACAGAUGGCUCAACCGAUUAUUUCCUCCCACUUGAUGGCCCGCUACAAGCACUGAAGCAAAUCCAGAACGGAGACAAGGUGAAAAGAGGAGAAAUCCAGACCGUCUUCAAACUUAAACCCUUUGAUGAGUGUCGGAGACUUGGGUUGAGUCCCGAGUGGGAGAGUGUCCUUCGCAAGUCCUUUCCAGGAGAAGACAAUGCUAUCGUCGCGGCCGACGUCCUCUCCGAGGGACCGUCAGAUGGAAAACUCAAAGAGGGAGACAUCCUCAUCAAGAUCAACGGGGAACUAAUUACACAGUUCCUCCGCCUAAACACUAUCUUUGACGAAAACAUCGAUCAAACAGUCCGCGUCCUUGUCCAAAGGGACGGCGAAGACGUGGAAGAAGACAUCACAGUGCAAAAUCUCGAUUUAAUUACUCCUGAUCGCUUCGUCACCGUCGGCGCAGCAUGCUUUCACAAUAUCUCGUACCAAGUUGCCCAGCGCUACGUCCUACCCUGCCGUGGUGUUUACGUUAGCAAAGCAGGACCCUUUCAUCCAAUGCAUGAUAACUACAUCAUGGUUGACAGCGUCAAUCACAAAAAGACACCAAACCUGGACGUUUUUGUGCAGGUCAUGAAGGAUAUCCCUGACAGGGCGCGAGUGGCGAUCAAGUACUGGCACGUCUGGGAGCGACACACAGUCCGCACAGCCGUUGUUCCGAUUGACAGACAUUGGUUUCGAAGAAUGAAGAUGUUUACGAGGAAUGACGACACAGGUGCUUGGGAUGUUGAUGUUCUUGCUGAGCCGUUGCCUGCGGUUCAGCAGAUUAAGCUGAGUGCCUCAUUUGACACACUGGAGCACAUCCCGUUGAGGGCAGUGGCGGAGAUUGUGCGGAGUUUUGUGAACGUCAAGUUCUCCGCUCCUGUUCUUAUCGAUGGACAGUCUACCCGUGUUCAUCGAGGUAUGGGACUCGUAAUUGACGCUCAACGUGGAUUCGUCAUUAUUUCCAGGACGGUUGUGCCCACAAAGAUGUGUGAUAUAGAGCUCACCUUUGCAGACUCGGUUCUGAUCCCUGGAAAGGUUGUCUUUUUGCAUCCUUCCCACCACUACGCAAUCAUUCAAUACGACCCCAGCCUCGUGGACGCACCCGUAAAGAGUGCAAAGUUCAACACAGAACGUAUCUCGCAGGGAGCUUCUACCUUUUUUGUUGGACACAACGACAGCGAUGAGAUGGUUUAUGCUUCUACAGCCGUCACAAAGGUUAUACCACUGGAACGAGAGCCUCCAAACCCCCCUCGAGGACGACCUAUCAAUGUUGAUAGGGUCGACAUAGAGACCAGAAUUGGUACACAUUGCGGCAGUGGUGUCCUUGUUGCUGAAGAUGGAUCUAUCCAAGCUCUGUGGGUUGUGUACGAGAUGGAAGAUCUGGAUGAAGCUUGCUUCGGACUAAGCUCUCAAGCUAUUGUUCCAAUUGCGGAAAAGCUGAGCCAAGGUAUCGUUCCCAGCUUGAGAAGCCUAUCCGUUGAGCUCGCGGCUGUUACGAUCAUCGAAGCUCGCGUUAUGGGCGUCUCGGAAGAGUGGAUCAGCCAAGUUCAAAGCAGGUCAUCGGACCGUCGUCUUUUCAUGGUAAAGCGAGCAUCAAGCAGCUUACCCAACUCCCUCGAAGAAGGCGAUAUCCUGAUCACUCUGGACGGAAAACUCAUCACACAGCUUUCUGAUGUGGAUGUGAUGUACUGGAAGGAAUCUCUUGACGUAGUCGCUGUACGAAGUGGUGAGCAAAUCAGCUUCAAAGCACAGACUGUUCUUGAAGAUGAGUUUGAGACGUCGCGUGUUGUCAACUUCUGCGGUCUAACAGCCCAGAAGCCGCAUCGGACCGUGCGCCAGUGUAUCAAGAAGUUGCCCAGUGAAGUUUACAUCACAAGUUGGUUAGUCGGUUCGCCGUCGAACUUGUACAGCGUUUAUGCCACGACCUUCAUUACGCAUAUCGAUAACAAGCCGACACCUGAUCUUGAGGCCCUGAUCAACGUGGUGGCCAACAUUCCUGACAAGACUUACUUCAAGAUCAAAAUGACAGACUUCUCUGGUACUCCAUCUGUUGUUACCAUCAAGAAGGACCAGCGAUAUUUCCCAACCGCGGAGUGGAUUCGUGAUGAAACUCAUGCUGAAGGCUGGAAGAGAAUUACGUAUGAGAAUGGGGAGGUUAUACAGGGUGAGGGACUAUACGGUAUCACGCUAUAA